GUAUUGGAAAUAUUAUUGGUCUCCAGAAAAUGAGUCUUAGUAGAUGUUCAAGUUAGUGUAUAGAAACUUUGUAUAUGCAAAAAGAAAAUCGCUCCCAGACACUAUUAUCGAGGCCUUUAUCCUGCUUUCGAGAUCCGACGCCGGUAGAGCUCUAGCUCGCCGGCGUCGGAAUAUUUCCUCUGCUCAAUAGUUCCUUCACUCUCUUGUUCUCUCUUCUUUGUUAAGCUUUUUGUUUCCCCUUUUGUUUCCCCUUUUAAAAUCUUUUCAACCCCUACCAUUUCCAAAUCCUUUGGUGAGAGCUUCAUCAGCAAACAAUUUAGGGAGAAGAAGGUAUCAAGCGAUAUCCAUCAUUCACCCUCAAUGUGUAUCACCUCCGCCGAAUUCAACUCUAACAGAAGCACCACACUCUAGAUCUGAGGUUUCUUUCUGCCCCUGUUUCUCCUCCUCUGUUUCGGUCCUUAAGCUAAGCUACCAAGGGGGGACCCUACCUUCACCGGAGAUGCUUACCUCAUCGACAAAAUCCUCGUCACCUCCGUACGACGGCCGCCGCAACACAAUCGUCUCUUCGCCAGUCAGGAAACUAGGUUUCCAAUUGGUGGACCUCAUCAACUUCGGCCCAUUAAGCUUCCUAAAGCCCAAUCCGUCAAAUGGUGAUCCAGCUUUUCAUUUACUAAAGCCCAGGUGUGCUCUUACUCUUUCUUUGUCAAACCUUAGCCAACCUAAGUGGUUAUCCAAUGCCUUUGUCCGAAGACUGCAAAUGGCUCUUAACACGCUUCUGUCGCUUUGGUUAUACAAGAAUUCUCUGAGAACCCUGCCAUUAGUUUCACCUAGGAUUAUUAAUCAUGAGCUUAUAAGCUUCAUAAAGAAAGGUUGUUUGUGCCCAACUCAAACUUUUAUGAGAACCUUGCCUAUUGAAUCAUCUAGGAUUAGUACUCAUGUUGUUAAAGGCUUGAAGAAAAACGGCAUUAUGAUCAUGUCGCUUAAGAGCGGUGAUUACCGAAGCUUCUUCAGCCCCUUUAUCCCAUACCCCCGAUUUCCUGAACCUCUUUAUGUGCAACUUAAAUUCUUAAUGGAAACGCCUCCUACCCUCAAGAGCUUGGAACCGAAUUUUAACCCAUCCUUCUUCAACCUAACCUUGUCCGUGUUGUUAAAAACUAAAUCGACCAGGCCUGCUCUGCAUCUUCUUUUGUCAUAUUGGCUACAUGCUUUGUGUGGACUUCUUAAUCUCCUUGGCCAAGGGCUCCAAGUGAGAGAGAACCCACCUGUAUUGUUACAGUUUGACAUUUAUCUUUGGCAUCUUCUGGCUUUAGUUCUCAUUGGAAGGUCUGUUUUUAAUGGCUUAAAGUUUUAUGGUCUCUCGCCCUGCAAUCCAUCUUACUCACUCGACGACUUCAAGCCAAUUUACUGCAGUACCUCUGCCAUCCCUCGGAUCCUAUGGUUUGAAGAUUACCCUCGCUCCAACGGAAGCUACCUUCUGAUUUGGGCUUCGCAUCAGCCUACCCUGGACCUUAACACCAUGGUCCCUGGAACCUCCGCCAUUGCGCUAUUAGUGUACCUCGUCUCGGCGAGUUGUUUGGCUUUGGCUCCCUCUUUAACGUCCAAGUGUCUAAUGACCGUGACAAUCUUCUCAUUCAUCGAUUCCUUCGAUGAUGAUCAUUCGAGCCUCCGUGAUCUCUCAUGUUCCUAUUUGCUUCACAGCAUUUGUUUCAUAGCUCUCAUGGUGUUAAUCUCGAUGUCUUUUAUCUUCUAUUUUAUGGUAUUGGGGAAUACCUUCCUUUGUAACCUUUUAAACUUUGAGAUCUGUGAAUCUCCACCUUUGUACCUUGAUUUGGUUUGAAUGAAUGAAAUCAUA